AUGCAAAUUGGAAUUGUUGUUAGUUAUGUUAGGUGGAUAUAUCAUGGUGAGUCAUAUGAUACAUCGGAUGAUGAUAUAUCUAUUGAUGAAGUUGAUGGGGCUAAUGAUGACUUAAAUGAUGAUGACCUUGAUGAGAUGUUAAAUAACAUAGGUCAAAUUUUACAUCUAAAGACAACAAGUGGUUGGUCCAUCAAAUCAUUUGAUGCUUUGCUUGAUAUAUUUAGAAAAGCCUUGCCAACUCCAUCAUUAGUCCCAAAGAAUUUUUAUGAAGCAAAAAAAUACAUAUGUGAUUUGGGUUUUCAAGGAGAAAAAAUUCAUGCAUGUGUUAAAGACUGUGUUCUUUAUCGGAAAGAUUAUGCGUCUCAUACCCACUACCCAAAUGACGAUUGCAAAGAGCCUCGAUUUAGCGGAAAUGAUUUGAAAGUACCACGAAAGGUGCUUCGAUACUUUCCUCUCAAACCUAGACUUCAAAGAUUGUUUAUUGACAAACAAGUCGCUUGUGACAUGAGAUGGCAUAAGGAAAAACGAGUCGAUGAUGAUAAUAUAGUUAGACAUCCUGCGGAUACUGAAGCUUGGAAACAUCUUGAUAAAGAGUUUCCUUCAUUCUCUAUUGAUCCACGUAAUAUACGAUUAGGGUUGGCAACAGAUGGAUUCAAUCCAUUUGGUAACAAUUCGCAUAGCAUAUGGCCUGUCUUUGUUGUACCGUACAAUUUGCCACCAUGGAAGUGUCCCUUAUCACCUGGCAUUAAUAUUCAUGUCUACCUUCAACCUCUAAUUGACGAACUAAAUGAGUUAUGGGUUGGUGUAAAUGCUUACGAUGCACUUAGAAACGAAACCUUUACAUUACGAGCAGCCCUUUUGUGGACAAUAAAUAAUUUUCCAGCAUAUGGUAUGCUCUCUGGUUGGAGUGUUAAGGGUUACAAUGCUUGUCCUACAUGUAUUGAUGAAACAUCAUCUCGUUACUUGACUCAUAGUAAAAAAAUGUGCUAUAUGGGUCAUCGAAGAUUCUUGCCAGCCUCAAACAAAUGGCGUAGGGAUAAAAAGAACUUUGAUGGGACGGUAGAUAUGCGGGAACCAUUGACACCAAAGUCUAGAAAUGAAAUUUUGGCUUACAUUGAUAUGUUUUCUAACUCAAGACAACGUAAGUCUAAAGAGGACAGACAAGGAUGGAAAAAGAAAAGUGUGUUCUUUAAGCUUCCAUAUUGGGCUAAACUAAAAUUAAGACACAACACUGAUAUCAUGCAUUAUGUUAAGAAUGUGACGGAAAGCUUGACGGCCACAUUGUUCAAUAUUAAGAAUAAAACAAAGGACACAUGGAAAUCUCGCAAGGAUUUGAUGGAUGAAGGUUUAAAGAAGGGCUUACGUUUACAACCAGAUGGCAAUUCAUUUAUAAUGCCUAUGGCUUGCUACCACUUGACAAAGGAAGAGAAACGAAAGAUAUUAGAUGUCUUGAAGUCACUUAAGUUCCCGGAUGGAUUUGCCUCGAAUAUAUCUAGAUGCAUUAAAGGGGGGGGGGGGGGGGGCUUCCAGUUGUCACACAUGAAAAGUCACGACUUUUAUGUUUUCAUCCAACGAUUGUUGCCUUUAUCAAUUAGGGGUUGUUUGACAAAGGAAGUUCGACUUGUGUUGUACGAACUCAGCGAGUUUUUCUAG